CCACAACAACACCCACCCAACCCGACGCAACCCACACCCACCCCUCAACCCAAACGCAAACAGAAAAAAGAAAAGAAAAUGGCCCCCCUGGUCCCAGUCUUCCACGCCGAAACCCUCCCAGAGCACGUGAACAUCUCAACGAAGAACUUCCAAGAAAAGCGGCGGAAGGGCGGCACCGUCGAGCUCGAGAAGUGCCCGCUGCUGGAGAUGGUCCAAUACUCGUGCAACCCACCGCAGGGGGGGAUUCCGAAGCCCGGCGUGAUCGUGUGUCAACCGGUGGUGCGGCUAUUUCGAAGGUGCGCUGGGGGAUUGACGGUUGAGACGACGGCCUGGGAGCCGAUUCGGGUUGCUCGGGAGAAGGAGGAGGAGGAGCGGAAGCGCGCUGCAGCUGCAGCUGCACAGAAAGAUGCUGGGAAUGCGUGAUGAAGCGGGUGUACUGCGAGUGUUGGUUUGUUGCAUAGCGUGUAUACAUAUACGGGAGUUUUGAAGGGGUAUAGUUAUGGCGUUCGGGUGUUGGUAGGGAAGACAUUACGCUGGAGACGAUGAAGAUUGCUUUGACCAUGU